UUCCUCAACACUCCCCAAACCAUCGCCAUCGCAUCUUCCUCUCCCUCUUUCUUUGCUCUCCGCUGUACCCCAGCCACCUUGUUGCUUUCCUUCCGCCGCUCUUCCCCAUGACGAACCACGCCGCCGAGGACGCGGUCACCGAUGUGCCGCCGCCAGCGCAGGCAAGUCGUCAUUUCUCGUCGUUCCCGCCGAGGAUGGCGAGCGACUGCAAGAAGGCCGCCCUGGGGCGCAUGGACCUCGCCGCCUCCGGGGUGCUCAGGGCUGGGUCCCUGGUGGACUCCAUGAAGGCCUCCUCGCCCCGCUAUGCCAAGUUCGCCGCCGCCGGUGACCACGAGGACUGGAUGGAGAAGCACCCGUCUGCAUUAGAGCGGUUCGAGGCCGUGGUGGCGGCGGCGAAGGGGAAGCAGAUCGUGAUGUUCCUGGACUAUGACGGCACCCUUUCGCCGAUUGUGGAGGACCCCGACAGCGCCGUCAUGACCGAAGACAUGAGAGACGCGGUGAGGAGGCUGGCGCAGAAUUUCCCGACCGCCAUCGUGAGUGGGAGAGGCAGGGACAAGGUGUUUAACUUUGUGAAGCUUGAGGAGCUCUACUACGCUGGGAGCCACGGCAUGGACAUCAAGGGCCCCAUCACAGUGUCCAAGCACAAGGCAAAGUGGUUGUUUGAUUUGUCCUCGCAGGCUGACGAGGUUCUGUGCCAACCGGCGACCGAGUUUCUGCCUGUCAUCCAGGAGGUGUAUGAGACGCUGACGGCUAAGAUGGACUCCAUCCCGGGCGCCAUGGUGGAGAACAACAAGUUCUGCCUCUCCGUGCACUUCCGUUGUGUCCACGAGGAGGAAUGGGAUGGUCUCGGUAAGGAGGUGAGGGCGGUGCUGGAAGGCUACCCGGAUCUCUGCCUCACCAAGGGGAGAAAGGUCCUAGAGAUUCGGCCAUCCAUCAAGUGGGACAAGGGCAACGCCCUCGAGUUUUUGCUCGAGUCUCUUGGCUAUGCGGGGCGUGGAGAUGUUUUCCCGAUAUACAUCGGUGAUGACCGCACCGAUGAGGAUGCCUUCAAGGUGCUGCGCGACAUGGGACACGGAAUAGGGGUCCUUGUCACCAAGUUUCCAAAGGAGACCACAGCAUCCUACUCUCUGCGUGAGCCUGCAGAGGUGAAAGACUUCCUGCGUAAGCUGGUGAAGAGCAGCGUGACAAAGGGCUAAUUCAUGCAUCAUGAACCAUCUGAUAGCUCGAAAUGGAGAGCAAAAGCUAUAUAAUUAUGCUAGACCAAGUCUUGUUUCUUUUUUUGGAGUUUUUGUUUGUCUCUUGUUAAUUCGUAGAAGAAUGCAUGCAUCUGUGUGUGUUGGAAUGGGCAUAUAAGUUUUUAAGGCCUUGGCUCUGAAGGUUUCUAUUACUGUAUCCUUC